AUUAAACAGCCCUUUUGGUUUUUUUUCUCCCCUGAACAACACUUUUCAGUGAUAAAAAAAAUUAUUGACAAAUAAAAGUGAGGUUACGUAAACGUCAUCAAAAAAAUCGGAAACAAAAAUGGAUAUUAGCGCGUUCUCUGAUGAUAAUUUCGAUACCAAAGCGUGGAUAAACGAUGUUUUAAAAAAUGCAGAGACCCAGGACAAGAAAGAGAAUUAUACAAUGUCCCUCGUUAUGAAGCUCCAACUAUGCGUCCAACAAGUGAACAGUGCCCUUGAAGACACCAGUCAACAAAUCCUAAUGUCACUGCCAAAAAUCAUCAGAGACACCAAAAAUCUCAACCAGGAAGCAGCAAUUUUAAAGGAAAAAAUGGCAGCAGUUCGUAGCGAAAUCGUAAAAAUUGAACAAGACACUGGAAAGUCUAUAAACACAAUUGAGAAACUGGACACUAUUAAGAAUGAACUGAAUAUGGCCAAGCAGGGGCUGCAUGAGAGUGAUAAUUGGACUAUUUUAGUCAACGACUUGGAGGAAGUCUUUGAUUCCAAAAACAUUGAAAACAUUUCCGCAAAAAUAAUAGGAAUGCAGCGGUCUUUGCAACUUUUAGUCAAUGUUAGUGAUUAUGAAGAUCGUAAAUUACAGUUGGAAGGGCUGAAAAAUCGGCUGGAAGCAAUCGCAAGUCCAGCCAUAGUCCAGGCUUUCACUUCUUCCAACACAGAACAAUCGUCAAUGUUUGUGCGAAUAUUUAAAUCAAUGGGACGCUUACCACAACUUCUAAAGUACUACCACAAGUGCCAGAAGGACGUUUUAUUGAAAAAGUGGCGCAAUCAAUUGGAAAUCGAACAAGACGAGUCUGUGAUCCAAUGGAUCCACAAUUUUUACGGCAUUAUGCUGUCCAACUGGCACACGCAACAAAAAUGGUUCAACCAAGUCUUCACCAACCAAAACAGUUGCGAAUCAUUCGUUGAGAUUUACACCGACGUUCUCACGUCUUUAGACCCGACUCUCAACGAAUGCAUUGACGCCGCUUUAAAACAAGUCGAAGAUAAAUUAAACUUUCUCUUCGAAAUCAAACAAAUCACCCAACAGUUCGCCGACAACUUAACGGACGUCAUUAACCAAUCACCGGGCGGCAAACUAGCCCAUGACAAGUGCUUGCUGCUACUACAAGCAGUCUACAACCACUUAAUCCCAUACACUAGCAAAUACGCGGCUUAUGAACAAGCCCACCUAAUGAAAAAACUCUCGGCCAUAAAUUGCAUGAAAGAGGAGCUUUCUGAUACAAUCCAAGCCCUUGGCUUAAGCAUCCCUCAAAUAAUCGACAUUGCACGGGACGCCAAAAAACGCUGCCAGAAAAUAACCGAAAAUUGCGGUUACUGUGGCUUGUUAAUUGCACUUCGGGCGUUUCUAUUAAGCUAUGCGGACCAAUAUCGCGUCGCUUUGCGACAAAUCGAUCGAAAUAAAAGACAAGAGGAGGAUUGGGGCACGUUUCAGUUGUGUCUAUCGUUACUGCAGAACACGGGCGAAGUCCUGGUCAAUUUGCAACAGCUGGAGAAGGACCUGACCGGGACUAUACUCGAAACUAAUCAAAUUAAAGCCCAGUUUGAGUACAAGUUUUUACUAUUAAGUGCCUCUGAUCGAAAGGAAUACGAAUCUUUGGUCAGGUGUGUCACUGAAGGGACGCAAUUGUCGCUACUUGACCACGUUAAUAAUGAGUUUAGUAAAUUGUGCUCGGACAUACACCAUACGACUUAUCUUGUCAUUUUCGCACCGAUUUCGCUACAUUUGGACGUGGUACAAGUGCCGAAAACGUGGGCACAAUUCGCAAAUUCAAUGCACAAUGACUUGCCCGAUUAUAGUUUCACGCCACAGGAGUACAUCACACAGAUCGGUCAGUACUUGAUGACGUUACCGCAACACCUGGAACCAUUCCUCUUCCGAGACAACCCGUCACUUAGCUGCGCCCUGAAGGCGGUGGAUCAGGAGUACAGCACUGCCGGAGAGACGGAAGGAGCCCUAGCUCAUGUCUUCCUCACGUUUAUCGCCAGGAGGACGUGUCAGGGAUUUUGCGAACGCAUUUUGUCAAUUUGUGAAUUGAGCCAAGCGGCCAGCCGACAAUUGGCCCACGAUAUUGGUUACUUGGAAAAUGUCUUGCAGGAUUUGGGGAUUUCGUUAGGGGAGAACCUGCAACAACUGGCCACUUUACUAAAACUACCGAACGAUCAGUAUCAGUUAGGCAGUACCGGAUGUCCGGCUAGGUUUGUAGCUGCAGUCCGGCAAAUGCGAAAUAUAACAUCCAAUUAACAA